AGUUUGAGUAAAAAGUUGUAUAAAUUUGAACAACAGUUGAGUUGAAGUUAACACUCGUUUCAAACAUUUAAGUGAAAAGAGUUAUAAAUAAUUGAUUUAUUAUUUAAUUUAUUGUUUAUUGAUAUCAUUUAACUGAUCCAAUCUAUCAAUAUGUGUGACGAUGAUGUGGCAGCACUUGUGAUUGACAAUGGGUCGGGUAUGUGUAAGGCUGGUUUCGCCGGCGAUGACGCCCCGAGAGCUGUCUUCCCAUCCAUUGUCGGCCGACCCCGACAUCAGGGAGUUAUGGUAGGAAUGGGUCAGAAGGACUCGUAUGUCGGCGAUGAGGCCCAGUCUAAGAGAGGUAUAUUGACAUUGAAGUACCCGAUUGAACACGGGAUUGUGACCAAUUGGGACGAUAUGGAGAAGAUAUGGCACCACACCUUCUAUAAUGAAUUGAGAGUCGCACCCGAAGAACAUCCGGUCCUUCUCACUGAAGCUCCACUUAACCCAAAAGCAAACAGAGAAAAGAUGACACAAAUUAUGUUUGAGACGUUCAACACUCCAGCCAUGUAUGUGGCCAUUCAAGCCGUACUAUCGCUGUACGCGUCGGGUCGUACCACUGGUAUUGUACUGGACAGCGGUGACGGUGUGUCACAUACUGUACCCAUCUAUGAAGGCUAUGCACUGCCACACGCCAUCUUACGUCUUGAUUUAGCCGGUCGUGACUUAACUGAUUAUCUGAUGAAAAUUCUGACUGAAAGAGGCUAUUCAUUCACAACAACUGCUGAGCGAGAAAUAGUUCGCGACAUUAAAGAGAAGUUGUGUUACGUAGCUCUUGAUUUCGAGCAGGAGAUGGCAACGGCUUCCUCUUCUUCAUCACUCGAAAAGUCUUAUGAAUUGCCUGACGGACAGGUGAUUACCAUAGGAAACGAGCGCUUCCGUUGUCCCGAAGCUCUAUUCCAGCCUUCAUUCUUGGGAAUGGAGUCGAGCGGUAUUCAUGAGACUACUUAUAACUCUAUUAUGAAGUGUGACGUCGAUAUCCGUAAAGAUUUAUACGCCAAUACCGUGUUGUCCGGCGGCACUACAAUGUAUCCGGGAAUUGCAGACAGAAUGCAGAAAGAGAUCACAGCACUGGCACCGAGUACUAUGAAGAUCAAGAUUAUAGCACCGCCUGAACGCAAAUACUCCGUUUGGAUCGGAGGCUCAAUCCUGGCCUCACUGUCAACAUUCCAACAGAUGUGGAUCUCUAAGCAAGAGUAUGACGAGUCCGGCCCUUCCAUUGUCCACAGGAAGUGCUUCUAAACAUUUCCAAUAAUAUGUAACGUCUUUUAAUGUCAAAUUGAUAUACUAUUCGGAAUUAUUUAUAAUAAUUAUUUACAAGUCUUAUAAUUGUUUUAAUCACUUUAACAAAUCUUCACAAUUCAUUAUUCAAAUUAUAUCUAUUUUCAUCUUUUUAUUUGUUUUUAUUAUUCCAAAGAAAUGAUAACUUUGUAUACAAAUCUUUGAACCAAAGUUUUGUUAAUAUUUUGUAAAUUCAUUAAAUAAAGCGUUAUUUUUU